AUGUUUGGGACCACCAGGACUUCUUGCAGUGUUGGCCGUCCAGCCAUACUGAGUAACUGGGUCACCUCCUUGGUCAGGGAGGUGACCAAGAACCCAGUGGUCCCUCGAGGAGAGCUUCGGAAGUCCUUUUCAGAGAUGAGAGAACUUGCCAGAAGGGCGACCAUCUCAGCAGCACUCCAUCAGUCAGGCCUUUACUACAUUUCCGUGAAGAGUGAAGAUGAUGAAGAGAAAGCCCAGCCCUCACAGCUUCAUCAAAGACAGACCGAGGAGAAUGGAGAGGCAGAACCUCCAGCCAGCAGCUCAGCCGAUGGCGGGGACUCUCGUGUCCCGAAGAAGAUUCUGAAGUGUAAAGCAGUGUCCAGAGAACUGAACUUUUCCUCCUCAGAGAAACUGGAGAAAUUCAGGCUGGAGCAGAAAGUUUUCUUCAAAGGACAGUGUCUAGAAGAAUGGUUCUUUGAAUUUGGUUUUGUUAUCCCCAACUCCACCAACACAUGGCAGUCUCUGAUAGAAGCAGCUCCGGAGUCCCAGAUGAUGCCGGCCAAUGUUUUAACUGGUAAUGUAAUCAUAGAGACCAAGUUCUACGAUGACGAGCUCCAUGUCAGCACCUCCAGGGUACGACUCUUCUACGUCUGACCUCUGACCCAUGACUCCACCUUCCAAAAUGCUGACGUCCUGCCAAGGUCUAUAAAUUACCAAGACCUUGGGAGGAGAGGGAUGAAGAGGAGAGAGGACUCUGCUGUUCCUCCCCGUUCCAAGAUCAUCUCUCUCUGCACCACCCCCCCAGACUGUUCCAUUGUAAAUAUAUUACCACUGAUCUCAAGUCAGCCAGGGAGCCACUCUGAAACGACACUUGUCAACUUGUGCUUUUUUUUAAAUUCUGCCCUCCCUCUCCAAGGUUGCAUUUACUCAGGAACAGAACAUUAGACUUGUAACCUUCUGUGAUCUGAUCUUCUUCUUUCUGUCUGAACAUGGAAACACUGCUCCCCAUGUGUCGUCCAUUUAAGCAGGACCUGCACACCAGUCUCAAGGGAAGAUGCAGCUCUGUGUCUCUCCUGAGCUAUGCUCAAGAAGUCUUCAUCAUAAAACCCUAGAUGACAUUUCCUCUAGCUGUGUCCCACUCCAGAUGCUACCUCUUGUGACAUCUCCAUUUCCUGACAGAGUAUAUCAUCAUGGGUAAACAAGGCUGGCCUGCUCCUAAGGCCCAGUGAAAUAAGCCUCCUUUUGUACACAUUUAUGGGUAUAUUGUUUGUAGUUCUCAAUUUAUCAAAAUCCUUUGCACUGGUCAGUUUUUGUUUACUUGUAAAGUCAGAGAAUUGCUCUAUUAUCAGGGAAAUGGACGUUUUGUGGAUUUAUUUCGACAUAUUUACUUUGUCAGCUAUCAUCUCAACUCUGAACUUUCCACUUUUCGGAGUUGGUGAGGACUGCCUGAAUGCACUGUUAAAGGUGGUCUCUGUGAGGCCAAGUAUUGGAACUGCUGAUCUAGCCUUAGUCCUUUGAAGGGCACACCUUUGCAGGCAGCCUCUGAAGUUGGACACAGCUUCUACCAAGCAAACCUUUCCUGUUUUCCGACUACAUGAGCUAGUGUAGAACAGUGGUUUCCAGUGUAGUGUAAGUGAGGAGCAGGCGCCUGUUUUUUAAUCCUGUUUACCACGAGAGCCGCUCGUUUAAAUGGAUUGUUUGAAAUGAAAACAUGAACGCCGUUGUCAUGAUGAACACACGUUCGAAUAGCACCAUGUGUGAAGGACAUUCAUCAGCAAACACAAGGGGUUUUAGUACAUGACUUUCAGAGGAAUACUUACUUAAAAUAUUCAACUUUCAACUAAAUCUCCAUCAGGUGUAGACUGAGACAUGCAUCAAUUACUCUCAGUAGUUUACCUGUUUAUAAUUUUAUCCCAACCUGACCCAGAUGUUAACAGCUGCUUAAGGUGUUUAACACAGCUCUGCUCCCUACAUCCUGGUUAGAGUUUUAACUUUGACUUCACUGCAUUUAUGUCAUUGUUUGUUUUUCCUUAGCUGCUAACUGAGCUGUGUAAAAUAGAUUUGUUUUAAUAUGACAGGAGUAGUGGAUUAAAGUCAUCCAAUGUUGUAAUAUCAUAA